AACACUCCAAUGGAUGAACUCCUCUCUUUGAAGCGGUUUGAAACCCUCUUACCCCGAAAGCUAGAGUUUCAGCUCACUCAAGUCCUUAGCUCACAAGGCAUCAAGAAGACAACCCAGCAGGAAUCUGAAAUGCUUGUGGAGGAAAAAGAUGCUGAAAAAGAUGUCAAAAGGGCUAAAAUUAACACCAAAGAUGACCAUAAGAAAAUAUCUCAAGAUAUCACAGAUAUAUUCAGUAAGAAAGGGAGGAAGAAAUCAAAGAAAAUCAUCAAGCAGCGCAAACAAGAUGAAUACCAGCAAAAAGUUGAGAAGUCUAAACAGGAGAGGGAGGAACAACUACAAAAGUUUGCUGAAAAUAAAAGAGAGAAAAUAAAGCAAGAAAACAUCAAGAGGAAAGCUAAACCUGAGCAGGAAAAGCCAAAAAAACGUGUCAAAGUUAGCGGCAGCCUCCUCGAAUCUGAAGAAUUCAAAACUAUGGUUGGAAAAGCAGGAAUAUCAGCCUGGAAUGAACAAGAAGAUCAUAAAGAUGAGACUACUGAACAAACCAAGCAAACAGUAUCCUCAAUGCUCCAAGAAGAGAACACUAGAAAAAUCAGGGACAAAUACGAUAUGGAAUAUGACAAGGGAAAAGUGAAGAAAAUCCGUAAGAAAGCCAAUCCCUUCAGUAACCCUACCAAUGAGUUCCAAAGGAUCGAGAACAAGGGUCGCAAGAGGUACUUGGAAAAGGAGCAAAAGCGUAGAAGAAUUCUGAAAGAGAAUUCCAAAAACAGUAAAUUCAGAUCAAAAAGAAGAUAACUG